AUGCAUACCACAAUACAGUAUAACAACAACAUGUCUGCCAUGGAAGUGCCAAGUCUUCACCAUAAGACAAUGAAGGGCAUUGAACGCAAGGUUGGGAGCAUGUUCGAGCUGUUGCAAAAGAGUCCUGUACAGAGGCACUGCAGCAAGAAAAGUUCCACAGAGACUACAUCAGACCAAACAGCCAAAGGCCAAUUCAAAUAUGAUAUGGGUUGGCAAAAACGUGGUUCGGGAAGAUCAUAUGAUAGCAAGUCUGGGGUUGGAACUUUAAUUGGUAAUCGGGCAGGCAAAGUAUGUGCGUACGGUGCUCGCAUAAAAGAUUGCAAGACAUGUAACUACCACAAAGGAAAGGGACCCGUUCCAAAACAUCAGUGCUUCAAGAAUUGGAAUGGAAGUUCAAAGGCGAUGGAAGCAGACGUUGGUGGUGAGCUUGUAGAGGAAUUUGAGAAGAAAAUGUCAAUGUUAGUGUUAUGA